GGGGAUCGCGGGGCCGAGAUGGCGGAGCCGGGGGGGCCGAUGCGGCUGAAGGAAUGGCUGAUCGCCCAGAUCGACAGCGGCCGGUACCCGGGGCUGCGCUGGGAGAACCGGCACCGGACCCUGUUCCGCAUCCCCUGGAAACACGCGGCCAAGCAGGACUACCGGCAGCAGCAGGACGCCGCGCUCUUCAAGGCUUGGGCCAUCUACAAGGGGAAGUACCACGAGGGGACAGACAAGGCUGACCCCUCUACCUGGAAGACGAGGCUGCGCUGUGCCCUCAACAAGAGCACUGACUUCCAGGAGGUUCCCGAGCGGAGCCAGCUGGACAUCUCCGAGCCCUACAAGGUCUACCAGAUCGUCUCUGAUGGCACCCGGGACACAGAGGACAGUGGCACACAGUCCCCAGCUGGUGAGGAUGAGCAGGUGAGCCAGAACUUACCCCCUUGCCAUCUGCUGCAUGGGCUGAAGAAGGGCAGCUCUGUGGGGAAUCCAGAGGAGGAGAACCAGAAGGGCAUGGUGGAACCGUGCCAUGCAUCUCCGAUACCCCUGCUCCCUGCCCACCCAGCUGAGCGAGGGUACCAUGUGAGGGGAGUCUUCUAUGGCUGGAAUCCAACCCAUGGCCACCUCCUCCCUGGACCCCCAUCCUACCUCCCCGUGGAGGCCAUCAACCACUCAGACUGCUGGCUCCACGUCCGCCUCUACUACUGCGACGUGUUGGUGAAGGAGGUGACGACACGCACGGCCGAGGGCUGCCGUAUCACCUCCUGCCCUGUGCCCGGCGCCCACCAGCCCUACGGCCCCUCCUGCAUGGAGCAGAUCGAGUUCCCCCCACCACGGGCCCUGGGGAGCAGUGGCAGGGUGGCUGGCAUGACCAACGUGCUGGAGAGGCUCCUGCCCCACCUGGAACGCGGCGUGCUGCUGUGGGUGGCGCCCGAGGGGGUUUUCAUGAAGCGGCAGUGCCAGGGCAGGGUGUACUGGCACGGGCCGCUGGCCCCACACAGGGACUGGCCUAACAAGCUGGAGAGGGAGAAGACCUACAAGCUGCUGGACACGCAGCAGUUCCUGCAGCAGCUGCAGGGGUACCUGAGCCACGGGCAGCCCACACCUCAGUACCAGAUCCACCUCUGCUUCGGGGAGGAGUACCCCACCAGCACCGGGCACCACUUCCAGAAGCUCAUCAUGGCCCACGUGGAGCCGGUGUUUGCCCGGGAGCUCUUCCAUCAUGCCCAGCACAUGGGGCCGACACUGCACCGCGGCAUGCCCCAGCCCUGCACCCCUGGCACCUCCAGCCACGUCACAUGUGUCCUCAGUCAGCUCUGCCAGCCCUGA